AUGGAUGAACGCGCCCGACGUCCGCCCUCCGUACUCACCAGCGAGGUGUACAACGAGGCUGAGACUAUCUUUGUGAUGCUGGAGAAUAAAGAGAAGUUGGUUUCAUUUCUCGAUUGCAUGACUCUUUUGCGUGGCAUGGGAAUGAAUCCCACUCAGGCCGACAUGGACUACCUCCGCGAACGAAUGGCGGAUCCGAUUCUGCGCCUCGAGCAGUGGCGUCGUGAGGAGGAGCUUAAGCGAGAGAAGGAGCGUCGUCGUGAGGAAAUGCGGGAUAGAAAGCGCUCUUCCUCAGCAUACCCACAAAAGAAGCCACGUAAGUCUGCUGUGGAGCGAGCACUGCAGGCUGGAGCCGCGGAAGGUCAAGUGCCUCAACAGAAUGUUAAGAUUGUUCCCGUCGAAGAGAUCAAAAACAUCGAUUGGAACAUUUUUAUCUCAUGUGCAGAGGAGAUUUACCGCGACGCAGCGGCAGAGCAGCGCGACGUUUUGGGGGCGCUGAAACUCGUCGACAAGGAUGGGGCAGGAGAAAUGACAAUCGAUGAACUGGUUCGGAUUGUGACAACCAAUGGUGAGAGUGUCCUGAAUCCCGGGGAGGCGCAGCAGCUGCGCAUGCUACUCCCUCCAAAAUGUAGUCUACUCGAAUUGGCUGCACGCCUUCAAGGAACAUAUGUGGCACCUACCAAAGAAGAGUUGGAGCGGGCCGCUUUGGAAGAGCUUGAGCGGCGGCGACAGCAUGAGGCGCCAGAAAAGGCGGCUUCUGAUGAUGGGUUGCCACUGCUUUGA